AUGGCGGCCUCCCGCUUCCUGACGCUCCUCCGCCGCCGCCGCUCCAUCCCCAACCCAUCCCUCCUCCACCGCCGCCUCGCCUUCUCCUCCUCUCCCCCGCCCCCCUCACCGGAGAGCCCCUCCGCCCCCUCCUCCUCCAAGCCCCCCUCCCUCUCCGCCCGCCUCUCCUUCGUCUUCGACCAGCUCGACGCGCUCGACCGCAACCGCUCCUCCGACCUCUCCGCCCGUGACGCCGCCCUGCGCCGCAUCCAGUCCUGGCGUCGCCCGGCCCCGCCCCCACCCGACGCGCCCCCGCCCCCGCCCCCGCCCAGGCCUGAGCCGGGCGGCCAGCCAGAGAAGGUCGUCGAAGCGGCGGCGGCGAAGGUCGGACAGGAGGUGGCGGCGGAGGCGCUGGAGAGUAUGAGCGUCGCGGAUGUGCUGCGGAGGGAGGUGGAGCUGGUCCACCCCUGGCCCGAAUGGAUCGAGCUCAUGGAGCGGCUCGCGCAGCAGAGGUACUUCGACCUCGGGGGAGGGUCGGGCGGCGCCGACCAGGAGUCCCGUCUCGCCGCGGCGGUGCCCAUGGAUCUCUCGGAGGUCGCCGAGGAGUCUGGCUUCGAUUUCUCCAGAGACUGGACCACUGUCAAGAACGCCUGCAUGAACUUCGGCCGGGACCGGUUCGACAUCCUCAAGCCGUUGCCUAGGAAGGAUCUUCAAGUAUUGGUUGGCCAUGGGUGCCCCAGCAUGGAUCCAAAAGUUGUGUUUUCUGCGAAGCUGAUAAGGAAACUGGUCCACCUUGACGAGGGUGAUGUGUGCAGUAAGUGUAAUUUGCGAAAUUCAUGCUCAAGAGGCUAUAUCCUUACACGUAAAGAAGAUGAAGCUCGGACUCUUGAUGUUAUGCGUAUUUUAUUGGUCUAUGGUUUUGAUCAUAUAAAGGGGACUGUGGAGAACAAACCACUUCUCAAACUGAAAUCCGUGAAGACCGUCGUUCGGAAAUUAAUACACGAGAUUGCCAAGCUGAGUGCUGUUCCUAUUGACCCCAAUCUUCCACCCCCUGUAAUCAGGAAGUUGCCACCUAAGGUGAAGCAACCGCCUCCACCACCAAAGAGACGAGUUGGACGUGAUGACGUAGAGAUGAAGAAAGGAGACUGGCUCUGCCCAAAGUGUGACUUCAUGAACUUUGCGAAAAAUACAAUUUGCUUGCAGUGUGAUGCUAAGCGUCCCAAAAGGCAACUUCUACCUGGAGAGUGGGAGUGUCCUCGGUGCAAUUUUUUGAACUACAGACGGAACAUGUCAUGUUUCCAUUGUGAACAUAACCGUCCUCCAGAUGAAUACACCAACAGCCAAAUGGAAGAAUAUCAAUCUGCACCGCGGAAACGGUUGGAAAGACCAGCUCGCAAGCCUGACGUUUCUAAUGCGUGGAACUUUGACUUUGAUGAUAAUGAAUCGGAUGGUGCUGAUGUUGCAGCAUUUGAGUUUGCUGAUUCAUCCAAAGUCAGGGAGAGCUCAUCUGUGGACAACUCAUAUAGAGAUAAUACAAAGGGUUCUGAGGCCGAGAAAUUCUUUGGAAUGGAUGAACCAAGGAGCGAGGGAAGAGAGAGAAAGUUCAGUGGAAGAGACAACUUGAACUCAUCUAGAGUUGGUUUUGAUGAUUUUGAUGACGAAGAGGACGAUAUUGACAGUUACGAGCUUGAUUUGUCAAAAGGUGGUCAGACAGGUGGUGUGUCGAGGGUGAGUUAUUCUGACCUUGAGAAUGCUUCUUCUGAUUCAGAAGACUUGAACGAAUUUGCUCACAGUAGAAAUUCCAAUUACGGGGCAAAGGAUGAAGCAACAGGUUCAGCUGACGAUGAUGAAUUUGAUGAUCAACCCUCCCUAAGAUCUAGUCAUAUUGCUGAUUCUUGGCAGAAAACCAGAGGUUGGAGCGGUUCGAACAACCGCAGAAGCGCAUCUUUUGGCUCAGAGAGUAAUGAUGGGGUUAUUUCUGAUUUUGAUGAGGAUGUUGACAACGGUUUUAGAUCUAAACAAAGGCGUAAACAGGGAGGCCGUGAAACAGUUCCUGAUAUGGACUCUGACAUGGAUGAUGAGUUGCAGUCAGAUGAUAGGAGGAACAGGUCCUCCACAAAUUUCAGAGGAAACUUCCCUGCCAGAACCUCUAACUUAAAUAGUAGAAGCGCUAGUGGGGACCGUUAUGGUAGGAAAAGAGGCAACGAACAGUUCAGGAGUGUUGAUGUGCAUGAUGGUGGGUCGCCCUUUGAUAGGAAUCGCAGAGGAAGGGGUAAUCAGCAAGAUCAUGGCUCAAGAGGUUCACAAAGAAAUGCAGGAAGAAAUUGGGAUAAUAGUAGUGAGUUUGAUCGCAGAGGGAGGGGUAAUCAGCAAGAUCAUGGCUCAAGAGGUUCGCAAAGAAAUGAAAGAAGAAGCUGGGAUAGAAGUAGUGAGUUUGAUGGCAGUGACAGGCCCCUCAGGCGUUCUAAUAGAAGGUAA